AUGCAUGCAAAUUCUGCAAAUUCUGCAAAUUCUGCAAAUUCCGAAAAUGUCUUUUUACGAAAUGAUGAUGAGCGUCAACGUAAAGUGCAAUCUUUAAAUAUGAAUACUUCACCGCCUCAAUCUUCAUCCAUAAGAAGUUCACGACCAAUUUCUAUGUUUGUACAUCCUCAAGAAAAACAAUCAUUAACAUCAUCAACUCUAGAAGAACAGCAACAACAAUUUGUAAUAUCAUUAACAGAUAUUUCUCAAAGUUUUGAUCAAGAAAGUUUAUCAUCAUCAGAUAAUAAUGCUGAACGAUCGAACGAUAUAGCUGGAUUAGUUAAAUUGCUUUUUGCAUUAGAACGAGUUAAGCAAGACUCUUUAUCGGCCAAAGCAUAUGAAUAUGGAAGAAUGAUGAUAAAAUUGGCAAAAAAUAUGCAAGAAAGUCAUGAAAAUAAUGAUACCAAACAAGGUUCUUAUGGAGAAAAUUGGAUUAGUAUGUUAAAACUUCAUGAAGCUAUUGGUGAAAACAGAGUAAAGUUCGCAGCAGCGAUUCAAGAAAUAUCAGAAGAAGCAAAAUUAAAAUAUGAAAUACAUAGUGAAGAUUGGGAACGUACAAUAUUACAAAAGAAUGGUGAUUUGGCUCCAAAUCCCAAACCGAAGACUUUACCAAAAUCAAUAUUUUCCAAGCAACCAAAAUCACCAACUCAAUUAAUAAAGAUGGAAGAAGAUGCCAGGAAUAAAGCGGCAAUAUCAGAUGACACAUAUAAAUAUCAUUUAUCAAUUGCCAAUUCAUCUCGUCAUGAAUAUUAUGAUAUACAUUUACCACGAAUGAUCACGGCCUUAAAAGAAACUGCUGAUGAAUGUGAUAUAGGAAUACAAUAUCAUUUAGCACGUUAUGCUUAUCUUUUUGAGAAUACAAUGGUGAGCGAUGCAUUAACGAUAAGUCCUGUUAAUCCUGAAGAUGGUCCAUCUUUACGAAAGGUUGUUGAACAAAUUAACAAUGAAGAAGAUUAUUAUUCGUAUAUUCGUGUAUAUAGUUCUAAAGCUAGAAAAGUGAAAAAUUUUGAUAUACCAUAUGACCCAUAUAAUAUGUCCGAACAAGCAAUUAGUAUUAUUAAACCUAAAAAUAUUUUUGGUGUAGACUUGGCUGAACAAAUGGCAAGAGAUGAACAUGAAAUUCCUGUAAUUUUAAUAAAAUGUGCAGAAGCAAUUGAACAGACUGGAGGUUUAGAGAGUAAAGGAAUUUAUCGAUUAUCAGGAAUUCAAUCUCAUAUUCAAAAAUUACGAACUCUAUUUGAUAGAAAUUCAGAAUCUGUUAAUCUUUUAACAGAAGAACAAUUAAUAGCAGAUAUCAAUAAUGUUACAAGUGUACUUAAAUUAUGGUUUAGAGAAUUACCGGAUCCUCUUUUCACUAACGCAAUGUAUUAUGAUUUUAUAAAUGCCGCAAAAAAUUCGGAUGACAGGAAACGUGUUCUUGAACUUCAUGAUCGUGUAAAUCAUCUUCCUGACCCAAAUUAUAGUACUUUGAAAUAUUUAAUGAAUCAUUUACAUAGAGUUGUUCAGCAUCAAGAAGUUAACAUGAUGACAGUACAAAACUUAGGAAUUGUAUUUGGACCAACUUUAAUGGAUAAUGAAGGACUUAAUGAUAUGGCUUGGCAAUGUAAAGUAGUGGAAACAAUUUUAGAAAAUUAUUUAGGUAUUUUUGUGCAGUGA